GCUCUGCGGUUCAGGAAAGUGAAACUUAUUUGCCGUUCAGUCGUCGUUUGCAGGCUACGUGAGAACACACAAAAUGGCAGAAUCCAGUGUUUCUUUGGCUCAAGAUCAGUUCAACUGUUCAAUCUGUCUGGAUCUACUGAAGGAUCCAGUGGCCAUUCCCUGUGGACACAGUUAUUGUAUGAGCUGUAUUUCAGGCUACUGGGAUCAGGAUGAGCAGAGGGGAGUCUACAGCUGCCCUCAGUGCAGACAGACCUUCAUCCCAAGACCUGCUUUAGGGAAAAACACCAUGCUGACUGAAGUGGUGGAGAAGCUCAGGAAGAGAAAACUACAAGCUGCUCGUCCUGCUCAGUGUAACUCUGAAUCUGGAGAUGUGGAGUGUGAUGUUUGUACUGGGGACAAAAACAAAGCCAUCAAAUCCUGCCUGAUGUGUCUGAACUCUUACUGUCAAAAUCAUCUUGAACAACACGAGACUUUCUUUAAAAUUAAAAGACACGAUCUGAUGGACGCCACUGGCCGACUGCAGGAGAUGAUCUGCUCUCAGCAUGAGAAACUACUAGGUAUUUUUUGUCGUACUGAUAAGCGCUGUAUUUGCUAUCUGUGUACGAUGGAUGAACACAAAAACCACGAUACUGUAUCAGCUGCAGCAGAGAGGACUGACAAACAGAAACAUUUUGAAGAGACACUUCAGAAGAGAAUCCAGGAGAACCAGAAAGAGCGUGAGGAGCUGAGAGCGGCUCUAGAGACUCACAAGCGCUCUGCACAGGCAGCAGUGGAGGACACUGAGAGGAUCUUUACUGAGCUCAUCUGCUCCAUUGAGAGAAGCCGCUCUGAGGUGACACAGCUGAUCAGAGAUCAGGAAAAAGCUGCAGUGAGUGGAGCUGAAGGACGACUGAAGAAACUAGAGCAGGAGAUUGAUGAUUUGAAGAGGAGAAACACUGAGCUGGAGCAGAUUUCUAACACAGACAAUCACAUCCAUUUCCUCCAAAAUUCCCAGUCUUUCUCUGUUCCUCCGGAAUCUACAGACACCAGCAUUCAAUCUCGUCUCUCAUUUGAUGAUUUGGUAACGUUUGUCUCUCAGGUGAAAGAGAAACUGCAGCAGACUGUUAAAAAAGAACAAGAAAACAUAUUUCGCAUAGUGAGAUACAUCAAUGUGAUGCCAAGCCCUCAAAAUAAGAGCCGGAAUGACUUCCUACAAUAUUUUAAACGGUUCACUCUGGCUUCAAACACAGCUCAUGAAUCUCUCAAGCUUUCUGAGGGGAACAGAGUGGCGACUAGGACGAAGAAAGCUCUGUUUAGUUUUCCUGACAUUUUUGAUAAUUUUGCUCAGGUGUUGUGUAACGAGAGUGUGUCUGGAUGCUGUUACUGGGAGGUUGAGCAGAACGGCAGAGGAAUGUGUGCAUCAGUGGCUUACAAGAGCAUCAGCAGGAAGGGACAGGGAUAUGACUGUAGAUUUGGACAUAAUGAUCAGUCCUGGGGUUUGUACUUCUCUGACUUCAGUUGCUCAUUCUGGCACAAUAAUAUACAGACUAAACUCCCAGCAGUGUCCAGCUCAUCUAGAAUAGGAGUGUAUGUGGAUCUCAGCACAGGAACUCUGUCGUUCUACAGCGUCUCUGGCAGAAUGAGCCUCAUUCACAGAGUCUACACCACAUUCACUGAGCCGCUCUGCCCUGGGUUUGGCGUUUACCAUGAUUCACAAUUAAAAUUGUGUGAUUAAGCAUUUUACAAAUUCUGUGCUUUUGCCUAAAGUUAAAAUGUUGUAAUCUCUCAAACUCAGAGUUUCCUUCCUGGAUUACAGCAUGUCUGGAAAACCUUUGACAAUUAUGAUCUCAAUAACCAUUCAGAUCUGCUUUUAACUCCCUGUGAAUAGUUAUGAAACAGGUCUUUAGUGUACAAUAGAGUGUAUUAUGUCACAAAUAAAACAAUUAUUACAGAAA